UGAGAAGGCAAAGCAGAGAGAUCCCCCACCGUACACCAGCACCACUACUUCCAGUCGGGACAAACAAACGAAAAGAACCAAUCAAGAACCACUGAUUCCAAUCUCCACCCACCAGAAUGCCAGCUUGUUACUAUCACGCCAUCAUCUCACUCUCACCUGCUGCUGAAAACCCCAAUUAAGCCAAAACCACACAUCGAUCCGCGCCGUUGGCAGUUGUUGUUGGCGUCGCGUCCUCUCCACUCCACUCUCCACUGAAGCAGCAGCAGUAAGGAGUAGGGACCUUCCUUGCUUGCUUGCUCGCCUAGCUACCUUCUUCCCCACCGCCCAGCCAACCGGAGAAGCAGAAGGAGAAUGCAGCAGGAGCAGCCGACGCGGCGGCGGGGCCCGGCGGGCGGCAGCGGCGACGGCGGUGGGGGAUGGGCGGGGGUCACCACCACUGUCGACGAGGCCUCCAUGGAGAGGAGCAAGAGCUUCAUCAAGGCUCUGCAGGAGCUCAAGAACCUGCGGCCUCAGCUCUACUCCGCCUCCGAGUACUGCGAGAAGUCCUACCUCCAUACCGAGCAGAAGCAGAUGGUACUGGACAACUUGAAAGAUUAUGCGGUACGGGCCGUUGUGAAUGCUGUUGACCACCUAGGUACGGUCGCCUACAAAUUGACGGACCUGUUUGAGCAGCAAGCUUCCGAGAUCUCCACCUUUGAGCUGAAGGUUGCACGCUUGAACCAGCAAAUCUUUACCUGCCAAAUCUAUGUGGAUAAAGAAGGCGUCAGGCAGCAGCAAAUGAUGACAGCAAACAUGAAACACCACAAGCACUACAUCCUACCAUCUACUAGCUAUAAAAGAACCCAGGCUGUUGCACACCUGGGAACCAGCACUAAUCAGGAAUCAAAGCCUAGACCUUACCCUUCAGCAAAAACACUAUCCUGGCAUCUUGCAUCAGACAAUAGCGCUUUGGCAAAUGGAGCUCAUAAAUCAACAUUUGCCCUGGGUGACACGAUUUCGUCUAAAAUUUCAUCGGAUGGUAUGGAGAUGCCAGCUUCUCCCAUGCGCAGGCCUCUGCAAUUGGAUCGGAAUACCAAGUCCGAUGUUACACAGAAAGUUGGUGCAAAGGAUCAGUCAGGUGUAAAGCACAUGACAACAUUUAGUUCUUUUGAUAGACCUAAAGGGCGUGAAAUACAAAAGGCUCCUAUAGGCACUAAGAGCAUGCUAACUGCUCUGUUUAUCAAGCACAAGUCAACAAAAAUGAAAAAGAUGUCAGCUCGAUGAUCCUCUCUUGUUCAUGCAAAUUGAUGUCACUGUAUGUAAAGUAUGUCAGAAUUUAAAACAUGUCAUCUUGGUGAUGACCUGGAUGUAAUGAUUUCAUAUCAUCAGACACCUGAUUUUUUUUAUGCCCUCCCCGUGCAAUUCUGCCACCAGAAGCUUUGGCAUCCAAUAUCAAAUAAAAUGCAGUUGUGUUC